CCGGCGCCGCCCGCGUCCGCCCGCCGUCGUGCGCGAUUCGCCGCCGCCAUCGUGGAGCCCGAGCGGAGCCUCAGCCAUAUCUCCCGCUCUCCCAAAUAUAAAAAAUGGAAGGUGUCGUAGAGAACUUUUCGGUGGUGGACAGUAUGCCCAUGAUAUCAGAGGAGCCAGAGAGUGCAGGUCACAUUAUUGCUACCGUAACAAAUAAGGACAGCAAUGGACAACAGAUCACCAUCAUUAAUGAUGUAGAAUCAACCAUCAAGAGUAGAAAGAGUGGCAGCAUGGAAGAACAGACCCACACCAUUCAUGCAGCCAAAUCAGAGGAGCAGAUCAUCCCUGAAGCCAUGACACAGAUUAUCACCACAUCAGAGGGCACACACAUCAUAGCUGCUGAUGGGGGUCACGAACACCAAAGCCCUCAGAUCAUCACAGCUUCUGAUGGAUCGCAGAUCUUUGCUCACAAAGAUGGCCACAUCAUCAGCACAGAUACAGGCCAGAUCAUGACCCAUGAAAUCAGCAACGAUGGUCAGAUCUUCACCAACAGUGGGGGUGAACUCAUCACAGAUGAAACAAGUCACAUCAUCAUGAAUGACGGAAGCAUCACUACAGAUGGCAGAGGGAACAUUCUUCAUGCGGGAGGCCAAGUUAUAACAGAAAAUGGCAAAGCCCACAUUCUCUCUGCUGAUGGAGAAGUGAUUGCCGUGGAUAGCAGCUUGCUUGAAGGUGCACAUGACCUUCAGGAACACGUUACAGAGGUCAUUGAAGAGACAGCAGCAGAUGAGGAGGCUGCUCUACGGGACCCUUUGCUAAGAAGAAUAAAAAAAGAACCUGAAGACCCAGAGUCUGCCACGAUACAGAUUCGUGUCAAUGCUUCUUCGCCAAGAAAGAAGGACGUCUCGCAGUCAGUCAAAGAGAAGGACGAUCCACUGUCUCUAGGCGAGUUUAUGAGUAAUGAACGUCCAACAAAAUACGCCAGAGUGGACCGUGACGACCCUAGAAGUCGACUACAUUUUGUCAAGUACAUGAAAAGGGAAGGAAAGACGAUCAAAGUGUGGGAGUGUGGUAUAUGUGGUAAGGAGUUCAUGCACCAAUACACGUUGAUGCGGCACUUACCUACCCACACUGACGAGAGGAACUUCAGGUGUAAUCAGUGUGGGAAAGCCUUCCGCCAGAUGUCCACUCUCUCGCAGCACAAAGCCACUCACUCUGAGUCAAGACCAUAUGUCUGUGACAUCUGCCAGAAGACAUUUAGCCGCGUCUCCACCUUAAUAUCCCACAAGAAAACCCACACAGAAGAAAAACAGCACAGAUGUCAUGUGUGCGGCAAGGCAUUCCAUCAGAAAGGCAAUCUUAAGAACCACCUCUUCACACACACCAACGAGAGACCCUACAAGUGUGACAUUUGCGGCCGGGGUUUCAACCAGUCCUCAAACCUUCAGUGCCACAAAGCAAAGUCACAUGCAGAUGGGACGCAGAAUUAUCAGUACAUUGCGGACAAAUACAAAUGCAACUACUGUGAGCAUGCUUUUGCUAGAAGAGCACAGCUGAGACAACACGAGGAGUACAAGCACGGAGUUAGACAUUCUCAUGGCUCAAGAAUAAUGUCAGGAACAGGACCACGCAUGAUUUCAAAUAACAAUGCACUCUUAAAAAAGAGAAAAAUAGGAAACGUCAGAAUCAUUCAGCUGCCAAAUGGAGAUCGAACGUUCCAGGAGAUCGGCACAAAUGAACCCAUAGCAAGACCAAGAAAAGUGAAGCCAAAGAGUCAGGUGAAGAGUGGCAUAUUGAUUGAACCCAUUGACACAAAAGCUAUGCAUAGAGCGCUGGCUGCCGGCAGAACGCCAUUCGCUCUCCUCAAACCCAGCAAAGGGGUUCCUGUUGUUGUCAAAGUGCAGUUUGCUUUAGGAAGCAAGCAUAUGCUAGUUCCAGCCAGCGCAGCAGAGUUACGAAAUGCGGGAAAGUUUACCGUAUCUAGUCAGCAGUGUGGGACUAAAGCUGUACAAAUCAAGGUCCCAGUCGUAGCGACAGUGAUCCAGCGCAUAGAUGCAGACGGCCAAGUCCACAUGGACAUUGAAGCGCCAGCAGAAGAUGAAGAUCUCCUUGACUCGCUUGCCGGAGAAUCAGAUGAAAAGGAACAGACUUCUAAAAUACCAUCAGAAGCAAGUACGUCUGCUGUCACUUCAGCUGACAAUGGCGUUGAAGUUAAUCAGCAGCUUGUGAUGAAUCCUGCUGUGGUUCAACCGUCUAUAACAGAGCCAGUGAUGGAGGGAGAGGAAGAGGACCAUUCUGUGGAUUCAUCCAUGCCUGCAGGAGAGGAGGGCAUCAUCAUAGGACCUGUGGGAGGGCCUGAACCUAUGGGAUAUGCGAUUGACCAGGACUCUGCAAUGGCAUCAGGAGCCAAUGAAGGUGGAGAAGAUAUCAAUUCAGUUGACCUUCUUGCAACAGCGGUGAAUCUUGUUUCUCAAGCUCAAAUGACCAAAGAUAGUAUGGCUGGCAUUGAAGGCAUUCAGUAUCUACGGCAGAUGAACCUUGGUGAAUACGAGGUCGUGUCGCCAGACCAUGCACAGGCAACGCAUAUCAUGAACCAGCAUGGCCAGAUAGAGCAGAUUAAGAUGGUGGAUGAAAGCAACACAGUGACAAUGGAGCAGGCCAAUAUCUCAGCUCUGAUGGAUGCUUUGCAAAGUGCAGGCUAUCAGAUUGGCCCUGGCAACCAGCAGAUCAUAAUUAAUGCAGACGGUCAUGCGAUGGUUGUAGAUCAGCAGCAGGUACAAAUGGUCAUAGAUGGGGACAUGGAAGGUGUCAUUGCAUCAGAUGGUGUUGUCACAGAUGCAGUGGAUCCUGCAUCAGUCAACCUGGUAGUACAUGAGGUUCCUGAGGGUAUCCAGACUGG